AUGAAUGAUUCAAAUUCUACGAACGACUAUUCCGACAUCUGGAUUAUUGAUGACAGGACAAAGGAUAUAUUCUUCGUUGUAUUCUGCUGUAUCGUCAGUGCCGCUGUUGCUUUCCUUGGUAUUAUCAUCAAUGUUCUUAAUGUUGCCACGUUUGUAAAGAUGGGCUUCCAGGAGACCACAAACAUGACCUUGCUGGCCCUGUCCAUAUCUGACCUGUGCGGUUUGUUGACUUUGGAAUGGAUGUUUCUAUGUUUCAACCCGACGUUUCUAGAAGCGGGGCUACCGCUUGUGCUCUUUGAGAUCCAGUACAUAACUGGAGGUUACCCACAUAUGUGUUUCUCCCGGAUCACCGGAUUCCUAACCGCUUAUGUCACAUUUGAGAGAUGUCUGUGUAUCACCAGACCUCUAGUGGUUAAAAGAGUUCUCACACCUUCAAGAACGCUUCUCAUCAUAGUCGGCAUAUACCUCUUCAUGAUCGCUAGCGUGGCACGAGCUUUUGAGGUCAACCCAUUGCGGUGGAAGUUCUUCGCCCCUGACAACGCAACAAAGCUGGGAAUCGUUUAUAGCAACGCUAGGGACGAAGUGGAAGCCAUCUUAUUAGUGACCAAUAACUCCUUCGGCUACAUCGCUUUUGGAAUGGUCUCCCUUUGCACCGCGAUUCUUGUCUCGCGAUUGAAAGCGAAUCAGAAAUGGCGAAUCAAAUCCAUAAGCGGGGAUCAUGCCAGGUCGGUGAAGUUUCGGGAUAAGAGGAUGGUGAGGAUAGUGCUCACCAUUUCAGGGAUGUUCAUCACAUUAUCCUUUCCAUUUACCAUCGUCUUCUUAAUGACGACGGCGUAUCCUCAGUUUGGAAGUUGGGGGAGGUACUCCAAUCUGUUCUACACCUGCGCGGCUUGUGUAACAUUCCUGGAAAUAUUAAACAGCAGCUUUACAUUCUUUAUCUAUUAUUCCAUGAGUUCAAAGUUCAGACAAACUGCAAAUUUACUUUGGACUAUAAGGGGUGAAAUACGUGAUUCUAAAUUUCAGGAACUGAGACAGGGCCGGAUAUAA